AUGAAUAAAGGGAAGAAGAUACAGCUGAAGAAACAGUUUGAAUAUUACGGGAGCACAAGUUUUUUAAUUGUUAAUAUAAUAGGUGCAGGAAAUUUUGUGGCCUCCACAGGGGUGUUGAAGUACUUUUGCAUGAAUGUGGGACUCUCUCUGUGUAUCUGGGCUGCCUGUGCCCUCCUGUCUGUGAUGAGCACUCUGUCUGCAGAGAUAGGUAUAACCUUCCCAUGCAGUGGACCUCACUACUAUUUUCUCAGGAGAUAUUUUGGCAACUUGAUAUCCUUCCGGAAUAUCUGGAGAGCCUUGUUCCUGGGGCCAGAAAUAGCUGCCAGCCACGCCCUCCUCCUUACUGAGUACAGCAUCUAGCCUUUUUAUCCCGGCUGCUUUGCACCAAAGCUGCCAAAGAAAUGUCUGGCACUGGCCAUAUUGUGGAUUGUGGGUAUUCUGAAUUGUUGUGGUGUGAGAGAGGUGACUUGGCUUCAGACAGGGAUCACAGUGCUGAAAAUGGCCACACUCGGCUUUAUUUCCGUAACUGGAGUGGCAUUGCUGGUAAGAGGGAAGGAGGAGAAUGUUGAAAGGUCAAACUCUUUUGAUGCUGAGUUUCCAGAAGCCUCCCAGUUUCCAGAAGCCUUCUUCCGAGGGUAUUUUGCGUCUUCAGGUGGGGGAUGCUUUACUUCUACAGCAGGUAACUAACAAUUC